AUGGUUGGCAUCCCCAGGAGUAAAGGUUGUCGCAUAUGCGUCAAACGGAGAGUCAGAUGUGACUUGACACGCCCGACCUGCAAUAAUUGCGCCAGAGGCAAUCGUCCUUGCCCAGGAUACGAUUCGGAUCUGAGAAUAUACGAUGAAGGCUCCAAACUCCGAAAGCGAUUUGGCCAAAGUGGUGCUUCCGAAGCGAGGACCGGAUCCGAGAGCGCGUCGCCCUCUGCAAGCCUUAACAGUCAAUCAACAGAGUCGUCACCUGAAGAAUCCAUAGAGCUAGUCACGCGGUUCAACACUCCCGACCUUGACGUGCGUCGUUAUAGAGCCGACCAAAUGCUACCGGCUCGAAAUCCUUUUUGGGGCAUGCUCGAGAACCAGAUAUAUCCCGAUGCCGACCUCUUGGGUUCGUCAAUGCCAACAUCUGGAUGGGGUGGGCUUCUCAAUCACGACUCGAUCAACCUGGACAUCCCUUUUGAAAUGACACUCAAUGACACCGUCUACUCCCCCCAGCUGGUUCAAGAACAACUUCUCGGCACAUUUUCCUCCUCAUUAGGCGGUCAUGGCCCACUGCUGCUUCCUCGUCAGAUGCGGAGUCACCAGAAUUGGCUGUCGCAACUGCCUGCUCUGUUCGGUUCCAAUCUCCUCGACACCUCGAUUCGAGCAGUCUCUUUGGUCCAUCUAGGUCGAAUGCAGCAGUCGGAAAUGUUAGUGCAAGAGUCACGACAAUACUAUGGCAAAGCGCUGCGCCUUCUCAAUCAGUCGCUGACCGAUGACGUGAAGGGCAUGUCGACCGAGACGCUCUCCGCCACGAUUCUGUUGUCAUUUUAUGAGAUGUUUGCCUCCGACUCGAAUCAAUCCUGGGUGCGACAUGCCGGUGGUGCAGGGACACUGAUGCGCAUUCGUGGACCUGCUCGCCAUCUAUCUGGAUUGGAUCGAGACGUCUAUCUUGCUUACCGCCAUACCAUCGUCAUCGAUGCCUUCAUGAAAGAUGAAGCCUGCUUCCUAGCCGAACCCCAAUGGAUAGAAAUGUCGAAAAAGAUUCACGAAGAUCUGCGAGCAUCUGGCAUUCCCGACGAACGGAUGGAAAUUUUCGACCUGGCCGAAGAGUUCUAUUUGGAGCAUGUCUUCAUCCCAACGACUUUACAAGAUACCAGGAAUUUGGGCAAGGCUCGGCGAAACUUGCCACCUGACCAAUACGCCGCUCAUGUGGAAGCCCUUCUCGCGCGGACACGAUUGCAUAGAGCCAACCUCAAGUCUAUCAAUCUGAGAUUCCGAGCUGUACUGAAAAAACAAGGGCUCGAGACCUCAACCAUGGACACCAUGGAUCUCGUCUUUCCCAAACAAUACGUUUUCGUCAACGUCUUUGUCGCGUCGACCCACGUGGGCUAUUGGACAAUUAUGGUCAUCCUUAACCUCAUUUUGAGGGACAUUGAGAAGGACUUCGCCCCCGAGAAACAUGAACUAUAUCUCAUGGAGAAUCGGGAAAUCGCAAGAGAGAUAUGUCGGACUACGCCAUUCAUGCUGACCUCAUCCUUCCUGGGACCAUUUUUCAUCAUCUUUGCCCUUAGGCUUUGCUUGUUGGUCUUUGAGCCGGGACAAGAGCGGGAUUGGGUAUUGCGAAAACUCAUCCGAAUCGGUGACACCCAUAUGAGGAUGGCCUCGGACAUCCCGCGCUUUGAGCCCGAAGGAAGCCUUUAUGAUUAG